AUGUGCGUCGCAGCGGCAGGAGGCUACCGGAUCGAGACCAUCCGCUGCGACAAGGGAGGCGAGAACACCGGAUCCGAAUUUCGGGACUACUGCAAGAAUUCAGCUAUCAAGCUCGAAUACGCCGCCACCAACACCCCUCAACAAAUUGGUGUAUCGGAACGGGACGGACAAACCCUGGCCGGAGUCACCCGGUGUCUUCUGAAGGAUGGAGAUUUUCCGCCGUCCAUGUGGGGGGAGUUAAUGCUGACUGCAGCAUACCUGUUGAACAGGUCCCCACACUCAGCACUGGGAGGAGCUACGCCAUACUCGAAGUUGCACAAUAAGUCACCUGAUCUCUCGGGACUUCGGGUCAUUGGAGCGCGCGCCUUCGUACACCACGAGAGAUACCGAAAGAAGCUGGACGACAGAGCUUUCGAAGGCAAGCUAUGUGGUUUCGGCCUCGACAGCCAGACCUACCGGGUAUUGAAUCCAUCCAACGGGGCCGUGGUCGAGAGCCGGAAUGUGACUUUCAUCGAAUCUCCACCCCGCUCAGUGCCCUUCCAGUAUUCCACUGAAGCAAACGGGUACGAGAGCGACGUGCUGAGCUUCACCUCCCUGCUGGACAGCCCCCACUCGACGAGCGCCCUGGACUUCACGGCGCAGGACGAACUUCUUCGGCAAGAAGUCCGGAAGAUGCAGCAAGACAAUCUCGCUCGGGAGGAGCUUCGCCUAGAACUGGACGGGCACGAGGACGAACAUGGACACGGGCAAAAUCUCGGCGACGGGGAAGCUCCAUCACCACAUCUCCCAUCGACGCCAGAUGGAUCGUCAUCCGAGGCCCACGCAUCUAGCCCCAGUCCAUCAUCGUCGAACCCGACUGAACCGGACACUUCUGCAUCAACUGGAUCCUCCGGCAUGCGGCGCCUGCAAGUCACCAGAGCCAGCACGCGCGGGAAGCCCACCAGCGACGAUCAUAUCGACGUCAACUUGGUUCCAGCCAAUCUGGAAGUCACCAUGAACGACCGCGGUCGAGCCCAUGCUACAACGGGCCGCGUAGAGCCAUCCGGUCUUUCCUUCACUCAGCUGGCUGAGAUAGCCGAUCAAGCCCAGCUCCCAUGCCCUGGCGAUACUGAGGAUUUCGCCCACGUUGCGGAAGACCCCUUCACGGUGCCGCGUGCUCACGCCUACGUCACGACCACUCACGAACACCACGGGAUCUUGGAGGAGACGAACCAAGCGAUCAAAAUUCCCAACACCUACGACGAAGCCAUGAGCUCUCCCCAGCGCGAAGAAUGGAAAGGAGCGUGCAGCAAGGAAAUGGACAAGCUGCGGGAACACAACGUCUACAAUUUGGUGCCCCUCAGCCGCGUUCCCAAGGAAGAGAAGAUCCUCGGAACGAAAUUCGUCUUCAAGAAACAGCUGGACGGACGCUUCAAAGCUCGCCUGGUAGUCGGAGGACAUCGUCAAGAGCCAGGACAGGACUACGGACGCAGCUACGCAGCAGUAUGCCGUAUCGGGAGCAUUCGCAUGACGUGCGCCAUUGGCUGCCGCAACAACUGGCCCAUCUAACAACUGGACGUUGUCGGCGCCUUCCUGAACGCCCUCUGCGACAGAGAUGUGUACGUCAGACCCGCCCCCGGUAUAUCCGCCAAGAACUCCGCGACGGGAGAACCCAUGGUGUACAAACUAGAACGGAGCCUCUG